GAACCCUGAGUGUACACAGUGAACAGUUUUGAAGGAUGGCUGGAACAGUCCACAUGGCGAUGAGUCUGCUGCUGCUCUCUUUCAUCACAACAGGUGUAAAAGGACAAAGUGGUCUGACGUUAGCAGAACGCAGUUAUGAUAUUAAAUUUCCAUGUGAAGAAGACUUGGUCUGCUUUCAUUUAUGGCAGUUUAGCACAUGGAAAACAAGUCGAUACUUUGCCAUAGUCAGUAAUGGAGAGAUCCAGACCGCUGAAUCAGAGGAGAAGAAAUGCACUCUGCAAAUCAAAGAUCUCACCGCAGAGGAUGUUGGACGUGAUCACUGCCAACAAAUGCCAAAUAACUUAUCUUCUCACAAUACUGCCCCAGUGUUAAACCUCCUGCCUGCCAAAACAGUGUCACUGCAGUGUGUUGCCCUUACCUACGUGGAUAGGGGACGUUGCUCCAGAAGAAGGAUCCGUCUGACGUGGGUGGAUGAAGCCGGUGUUGAGAUACAAGAAGACUCCUAUCAUCAGAUAAAUCAGCCGUCCCCUUGUGAUAUAACUCUGACUGUCGCCUUUCAAGAACCUGGAAUCAGGAAGUUUAGGUGCCAGGCGACUAUUGAUGAACAAGUCCAGACUUCAGCUGAGUUGUGGGUCAGAGCCCCAGCUCUUAGAGGAAAAGGGAAAGGAUUCAUCCCAGAACCGGAACUUGAACCUCAAGGUGGCAACCAGGAUGUGACUGGGGCAGCUGUUGGGGUUGUGGGCUGUGUGGUUUUGACAGCAGUGAUUGCAGUGUUUGUUGUAAACACAAGAAGAAGGAGAAACAGCCAGCUGCUUGACGAUCCUCAUUCAGUCCAGUCUGGUUCCAACAAUGUUAUGAAUACAGAUGACGUAAUCUAUGCUGACAUUAUUCUCCCCGCUGUCUCCGAUCGAGUGUUGGUCCUGGAGUGCGAGUCCACUGAAUACGCCUGUGUCCGAUACAUGUAGUCUACUGCUCAAAUAUCAAUUGCUGUGUAUUUUUUUUUUCUUUGUUUGUGAGCUUCAGCCAUGCACCCUGAUACUGUGAAACACACCACAUCGAAGCAGUGUACUGUUACUGUAGUUGGCACCUAGAGUCAUCAGGGACCUGACAGGUAUUUUGCCCUUUACCUGAAACAUUCAGUAUUUUAGCUAUGAAAAACUUUUACAGGUUCUUGAAUAUUCUACCUCAAUACAUUUUACAUGUUUAGGCUAUUGGACAACAUGGUGAAUGGUUGGAAAAUUACAUAUUGUACACACAUGAAAAUGCAAAUGAUGUUUUUAGAUUGACUAUAAUUGUCAUUUAUACCUUUAUGACUGUUUUCUUUACAAAACUUGUA